CUAAAACCCACUCGGUAUAACUUCUCGAAUGAAAAGCACAUCUGCUCUGCUUCCACCCAAGUUCCCAAACUAAGAUUUGAUUCAGGAGUUCCAGAUUGAAUUUCACGGCGGAGAUGAGCGCAAAAGCACAUGCGUUGCUAGUCCCAAGCCCCGGCAUGGGCCACCUCAUCCCCUUAAUGGAGCUCGCCAGCUCCCUGGUCACCCACCACAACUGCCAGGCCACACUCGUCGUCGUCGUUUCAUCCAACGCCACCUCUCCGGCACAAUCCCAACUCAUCCAAUCCGCCAAGACCCAGAAGCUCUACGACAUAGUUGAGCUCCCAGCACCCUCCGGCCACGACUCCAACGCCGCCGGUUCAGUCUUCACGCACCUCUCCGCCAUCAUGCUCGAUACCCGAUCAUCUCUCCGCUCUGCAAUCUCCGCCAUGGAGCUCAAACCCGCCGCCAUGAUCGUCGAUCUUUUCAGCACUGCAGUCCUCACUGUUGCACAAGAAUUCCACAUGCUCAAGUACGUAACUCUAGUCUCCUGUGCCUGGCCACUAACCUUGCUUCUAUAUGCGCCAAUUCUAGAUAAACAGAUAGAUGGAGAGUAUUUGGAUCGCAAAGAGCUGCUGGAGAUCCCGGGUUGCAAGCCGGUUCGACCUGAAGAUGUGGUGAAGCCGAUGAUGAAUAGGAAGGAUCGUGAAUACCAGUCCUUCUUAAGAAUUGGGAAGGAGAUUACUUCAAUGAGUGAUGGGAUCUUGAUCAACACGUGGGAGGAUCUGGAGCCCAACUGUCUUAAGGCUAUGAGAGAGCACCCGGAGUGGAAGAAGAUAGUUACGGUUCCGGUGUACACUAUCGGUCCGAUGGUUAGACUGGCAGGGCAGUCCGGUGGUGGUGGUCCGAGGAGUGAGUUGUUGGAUUGGCUGGAUAAGCAACCUAGUGAGUCUGUGCUUUACAUAUCGUUUGGGAGCGGUGGGGUUCUUUCGGCUGAACAGAUCACAGAGAUGGCUUGCGGUUUAGAGCUUAGUAAGCAGAGGUUUAUAUGGGUGGUGCAGCCACCAAGCAAAGGAGGUGCUGGAGGCAAUGACAUUUCGGAGUAUUUGCCUGAGGGGUUCAUGGCUCGGACUCAUGAAAUGGGUGUGGUGGUCACCACUUGGGCUCCUCAGUCGGAAAUCUUGGCUCAUUCGUCGGUGGGAGGGUUUCUCUCGCAUUGCGGUUGGAACUCGGCGCUGGAGAGUAUACUGAAUGGUGUGCCAAUGAUCGCAUGGCCGCUAUAUGCAGAGCAGAAAAUGGUUGCUACACUGCUGGUGGAGGAGCUCAAGGUGGCAAUUCGACCUAAAGUUUUGCCAACAAAAGCAGUAGCAGGGAGGGAGGAGAUUGAGAUGUUGGUGAGGAAGAUUAUGGAGCAGAAAGAAGGAGAUGCAAUGAGGGCAAGAGCUAAAGAACUGAAAGCAAGUGGGGAAGAAGCUCUGAGUGUGGGCGGGUCUUCUUUCAGUAUGCUGUCUGAAUUGUCAAGGCUAUGCAAGAUCAAUACCGAACAGCAAUGCCAGAAAGUUGACACUGAAAAACUGGCUUAAUACUUUGAAUGUCUGGUUUCUAAAAGUAUUUGCUCGUGUUGCUAGUCUUCUUUGAGUGUGACUGAUGGGAUGUAAACAUAUGGGUUUCUAAAACUAUAUAGUUUCUUGCUCUAUUAGCACACAA